UUGCUUGCGCGGAACGUGACGUGUGUGUGACCCCGUAGAACCUGCUGCGCGCGGAACGUCGUCGUGGAGUCCGCGAAAGGGUGUUUUUUUGCAGAAGAAAGUCGCGGAUUUUUUCGCGUUGCCCCGGGAGCUCAUUUGCUGCGGGGUUCUGAGGAAGUUCCGGAGCGAACGUCCGGAUUGGGUGGCCGCAGAUUGGGCGAUGCCGCAGGUGGAACCGGAUUAUUGGUGAUAAACUGGGAGUGUGGGGGGAAAUGUGGUGUGUUCCAGAAGAUCCACCAGUGUGAAUGGCAGGCCGCUUCCGGCAGUGUUACACUAGCGUACGAGGCGGUUCGUGUCGGAAGUGAUACCGAAUCAGCGCGUUGUGCCAGAGAUAAACAGGAAAAGCCCGCGCGAAAGAAGGGCGAAUCCCACCGAUUGUGGGGCACGCUAGGUGUGAAAACAAGUUGGUACAACUCUGUAACGCCAGCUCCACCCCCACCUGGUGGCGCUAGGGUGAAAGUGUGGCCAUUCGGAAGAAGAUCCGCGGGUAGAGAGACGGGGAGCACCUGGGAAGUGAUAAUUAUGUUGAUUGCAUAAAAAAGAAAAACAACGAGUGAACCGCCCCCGAAAAAAAAGAUAAAAACCGUGGGAGCGCCCCUCGCCUCCAAAAAGCCGUGAGAAAUAAUAUUUAUCGAAAGCUUACACCUGAUGAAUUAAUAAUUGCAUUUUAAUUAACAAUAUGGUGAAUUAUUUUGUCCGGAUUUAAUCAUUUCGCACUGGUGAAGCGACCCUGAAGAGAGAGAGGCGUGUUGGAAAUUUGCGCCUCACCGGAUUCACGAUCCAGAAGAAGGGGGUUGUGCUAUUUUGUUUCACUUCCGGGCGGUGCCGUGGCGCCCGGAUUGUUGUCACCGGUCCAGUGCAGCGGAACGGGGAUUAUGAAAAUUGAAUAAUUAAGCUCGUUUUAGGCCGCGCUGGAAAAGCAGAGCCUCGUGAAAACAAACAAGGCUCUCAUUGUGAAAAGUGUGCUGUCCCCGCAGGAAGAGCCCCCCAGUGCAAAAAUAAAAAUUAAAACGCGGCCACAAUCGAUGAAAAAUUUAUGAUAAUCAUAAUCAUUGUGAAAAUAUGCAGUGAAAAUUGGCGCGUUGAAUUAUUGAUCGCCGAAGCCGAGAUUAAUGCCAAUUUUUCCGUGCCCGGAAAAGCCGGAAACCAGGCGGUGGCCGGAAGCGACGUGGCGAGCAGAUUAACCCUCGAAUGUCCGAGGUCGUCCCGCAAGCGCCGGGGGAAGAGUGAGCAGUGUGUGCUGAUUGAUAUAAUAUGGUUUUGUGAGUUAUCGGCGCCCAAAAAUCGCGAGUGCGAAAAUCUCCUUGCGAGCGAAUCAUUCGAAUCCAAUAAAAUAAAAUUCAAUUAAUUGUAGUGCGUGAGCCAAGUGAGUGAGAAUCCUGGGGGAGGGCCGAGGUGCCCAACGUGCUUUUAAUUGGUGUGAGUGUGUGGGUGGCGUCGUCCAGUGUCCAGCUUGCAUUGCUGGAUUUUUAAUUGACUCCUCGGGUCGAGGAGGGAAAAGAGUGGAAAUCCCCCCUCCACCAAUGAAAAACAGUAUCAUCACAACCAGCGGCCGCCGAUUUCCACGACCAUAUGCAGCGAUGGAUUUCCGGAGCGGAAUUUUAACGAUUAUUUACGUUUUCACGAUACUGGUGACGGCCCACAGUACCGUCGCCCGGGCAGAUGAAAAUCUGGACACGCGGGAAGGCGAAACGUUGACCCUCAAGUGCCGCUUCGGCGAGCAGCAGUCGACGAACGACUUCACCUACUACUGGGCCCGGUGGACGACGGCCAACAAGUUCGACAACGUGGCCAUCAACAACGUGCAGCUGAACACAAAUUACCGAAUCGACUUUCGGCCGGACAAGGGAGUGUACGACCUGCACAUCUCCAACACGUCGUACGGCCGGGACAACGGGCGGUUCGAGUGCCGGAUCAAGGCGAGCGGGACGGGCGCGGACGUGCACCAGGAGUACUACAAUCUGACGGUGCUGACGCCCCCGCAGCCGCCCCUGGUGGCGCCGGGGACUAUCGCCGUGGCCACCGAGGACAAGAAGCUGGACCUGACCUGUUCGAGCAUCGGCGGCUCGCCGGAUCCGACGAUAACCUGGUAUCGAGUGGGGUCAAAUAGCCCACUCCAGGCGCCGAUCAACCGCGGAGGAUCGAAGGACCUGCAGACGACGAGUACGCUGUCGGUGUUGCCACGGCGAGAGGACGACGGGGCCAAGUAUCGGUGCGUAGUGUGGAAUCGGGCCAUGCCCGAAGGACACCGGCUGGAGACGGUCGUGACGCUGUCUGUUAACUAUUACCCAAGGGUGAAAAUCGGUCCGGAAAAUCCGCUGCGCGUCGAGCGUGACACGACUGCCAAGCUGGAGUGCACGGUGGACGCCAAGCCGAACGUCCCGAACGUGCGGUGGACCCGCAACGGGCGGUACAUCAGCUCCUCGCGGACGCACGCCAUCCAGCGGGUGUCGAUACAGGACGCCGGCGAUUACGGCUGCUCCGCCGACAACGGGCUGGGCAAGGUAGGUGAGGAGGUCAUCACGGUGGACGUGCUGUACGCUCCAGUCGUGGUGAUUGAGUCCAAGACGUGGGAGGCCGAAGAGCGCGAAACGGUUACGAUUCGGUGUAACGUCACGUCCAACCCGGCGCCGAUCUCGAUCGAGUGGUUCAAGGAGGGCUCGCCGGACUUUCGGUACGCUGGGGACAUCUUACAGCUGAGAGACGUCAAAGCGGAACAUGCCGGCACGUACAUCUGCCGAGCGGUGAACAUGAUCAAGCCUUACGGCGGAAAGAUGGUUGAACGCAUCGGGAACUCCACGGUUGCGCUGCUCGUACGACACCGUCCCGGUCAGGCGUACAUCAACCCGAACAAACCGGUGGUCCACGUUGGGAAUGGAGUGACGCUGACCUGCUCGGCGAACCCGCCGGGUUGGCCCGUACCGCAGUUCCGGUGGUUCAAGGACGCGAUCGGUGAGGUGUCCUCCAACACGAUCCUCGCCCAAGGUCCCCAGUAUGUGAUCCCACGGGCGCACCUCGGCAGCGAAGGCAGCUAUCACUGUCACGCGGUGAAUGAACUCGGACACGGUCCAAUGGCCACGAUCAAGCUUGAAGUUCACCAACCGCCACAGUUCAUCGGGAAGAUGCAGCAGCACAUGACGAAACGGAUCGGUGACACCGACUUCUCCGCGAGUUGUCACGCCAAGGGCAAGCCAAGACCUACGGUUCGAUGGCUGAAAGAUGGUCGAGACAUCACCACCGAUGCGAACAUGUACCGGAUCAGUACGGGUAACAACGACGGUCUAAGUGGAAUGGUCACCGUCCAGAGCUCCCUGAUUUUCCAGGGUAAGGCACGACCCCACAAGUCCCAACUCCUCCCAAGUGAUCGCGGCGUCUACACGUGCCUCUUCGAGAACGAAGUCAGCUCGGCCAACGCCAGCAUGCACCUCCGCAUCGAGCACGGCCCGAUCGUGCUGCACCAGUACAACAAGGUAGCGUACGAGAUCAAGGAAACCGCUGAGGUUAUCUGCCGCGUGCAAGCCUACCCGAAACCCGAGUUCCAGUGGCACUUUGGCACUAACACGGCCGCCCUCACCAUGUCCUCGGACGGACACUACGAAAUCAACACAACCACCGACAACAACGACAUCUACACCAGCAUCCUGCGGAUCAACAACCUCAAACAUCAGGACUACGGUGAUUACACCUGCCGAGUGGGCAACUCCAUCGAAACCAUCCGCGCUCCGAUCCGACUCCAGCCGAAAGGACCCCCGGAAAAACCAACCAACCUGCACGCCGCCGACGUCGGCUCCAACUACGUCUCUCUGGUCUGGGAUCCCGGCUUCGACGGAGGCAUCAGCAACACCAAGUUCUACGUGUCCUACCGCAAGGUAGCCAUCCCCCACCACGAUCAGAUGAACGGCGACUGCGGAGUCAUCCAGCAGGUCAGCUCCGAGUGGAUGGAGUUCGACUGCCAGCGGGACGUCCCGUGCAGCGUGACCCCGCUCGACCAGCACCAAAGCUACGUCUUCAAGGUGAAAGCCUUCAACGCGAAAGGCAACUCCGAACCCUCGAACGAAAUCGCCACCACAACCAAAGUCAGCAAAGUCCCCACCCCACUGCACGUGGGCUUCGAUCCGGAAACGCGCCAACUCGGCGUCAACGUGGCCGCGACCUGCCUCUCGCUGAUCGCGAUCGUCGAAUCCAUCGGCUACCACGACACCCCGAUCUCAACCUGGCAGGUCGUGCAAACGAUCCCCCUUGCGGUGUCCGGAAGCAGACCCACGUACAAGGAAGAGGUGCUCGAUAAUAUGAUUUCUGCGCGGAGAAGCAGUGCGCGAUCGCUCGGAGGAGACGACGAUCUGCCGAUGGCACUCGAGGAGGAGAUCCCUCCAAGGGUUCGGGUUAAGCUGUGCCUGAAGUCGAACCACGAGCACUGCGGCGAGUAUGUCGAUGCGGAAAUCGGUCCCGCCUACGUCCACGAUUCGGCCUUCAUCGCGACGCCCACGCUGAUCGCGAUCGUCGUGUCGUGCGUGGUGUUCGCCCUCUUCGUGGGCCUGCUCCUCAUGUUCUGCCGCUGCAAGAAGAACCACAAGUCGAAAAAGACGAGCUCCACCACGGCCAAGGACUACGAGAUGGACUCGGUGCGACCGUCGAUCGUGGCCAGCCAGCAGAGUCAGGCCCCUCCGCCGUACUAUCCGACCACGACGGGGCUGGACAACAAGGCGCUGGAGCACUCGAUGGAUUUGGCGCUGGCGCUGGAAGAUCAGAAGACGUCGGUCUACGCGACGCAGAACGGGUACGGGUACCACACCGGGACGAGUCUCCAGGUGCCGAACCACACCGUCGUCGGCCAAGAAUGGGUCACGAUGGGCUACGCGGCGGAGAACAGCUACACCAACUCGAACAACGGCGGCAGCGUCAACUCGCAGGACUCGAUCUGGCAGCUGAAAAUGUCCGCGGCCCAGGCGGCGGCGGCGGCGGCGGCCGCUGGAGGAGGAAACAACACCGGAACCCUAAUGUCGACCCACCAUCAGCAGACGGCGGCCAGUAUAGCGGCCGGAAUGUCCUCGUACGGGGGAAGCUACGACCCGUUGGCGGCGCACGCGGCCGCCAGCUACGGGACGGUCGAGGAUUACGCCAGCUAUCCGCAUUUGGCGGGGACGCCCGGCGUCGAGGAGGAGUACCAGCACACGCUCCGGCAGAGCCAGAACCCGUCCCGGCAGCAGGAGUACUGCGGCGGAGACUCGUACGCGUCGGUGCACAAGCCGAAGAAGCGACUGGACCAGUCUCAUUUAGAUUCAUCAUCAUAUCACGACGUGAGCGGUCUGCCCGAUCCCUACAUGGAGCACCAGCUUCACCUUCACCACCAGCAGCAGCUGCAAGACCAGGAGGACAGUAAAUCCCUCCUGCAGCAGCAGCAGCACCAACAGGCCGUCGCCCAGCAGCAAAUGUCCCUCAACUACGACGAGAGUCUGGAGAGCGGCUACUCGACGCCCAACUCGCGGAAUCGACGCGUGAUACGAGAGAUAAUUGUCUGAGAACAGCCCAGGGUACGUUUCGCCAACGGAACGUGCCUGUGAAUCGCCUACAACAAAAAACCACAACCAAAAAAGUAAAAGUUGCUAACCUACACCCGACUAGCUAAAUCUCACCCCCACGAAAAAACACGCGCGCCACUGCGUUUGUCUCGGCCAGCCCCACCCUGCCGGAGCUGUCAAGCACUGCAAAGUGGGGAUGGUCGAGGCAAAAUGGCCACCAGGGAACGUUGACUAAGGAAGGGAGGGGGUGACAGGUCAAAGGGGGUAGGACACAAGCGGCAAAGUCACCACAAACCCAGGGUUCACCAUUGAAACCACCGAAAUUUAUCAAUGUGGCGAAAAGUGCAUCAUUUUCAAAUGGUCAAUUAUGCAGAUUGAUUCACUUUUAACCGCUGUAAUGCCCCUCGGUUGCAAAUGCGACGUGUCAAAACGGCGCGCUGUCACUUUGAAAGGUCGCGUUGCGACCGAGGGGCGCGACACAUACACUUUUUCACAACUUGGUGAAAUUUAAACUGCUUGGCUUUUUCCAACAAUUUCACUCCGUUUAACCAGAAAUUAACUCCUGCUCAAGCUGUUCAUUGUUCCAUUCAGUUGCAGCCCAUAAUUAUUUCAUAUCAAAACGCCACCGGCACUGCACAUUUAACAACGUAAAUAUCUACCCAAACACACACACACACACACAGAUAUGCGAGUGUGCAAAUAGGAAAAUAAUGACCGCGAAAUUCCGGCCGUGUUCCCGAUUUCGGCCCAGUUUCGAUUACAGAGCCCCCCCUCGCGGUGACCACGUCGUUUGUGUCCUGUCCCGCCCCUCGCUCUUUUCGCCGUAAAGCAGCAACGUUACGCCGCGGUUAUUUUUUAAAAUUAAAUUGUAUUAUUAUAUAAAAGUACGUGCCCUUAAACGAAAUAAAAAUAUUUGAUUGGGAAUUACGAGUUGCGUGAGUGUGAGCGUGUGAGAGCUGCACGGAGGGAAAUGCGGUGGUCCAUUUCCGGGUGAGAGAUCGUGCGGGGACGGAUUGAGCCAAAAAAUCUACAUAUUUCAGUGCUGGGUGCUGCGCGAGUUCGUGUGCGUGAGAAUGAAUGGGAAAAUGUUUUAUAUAUAAUUAACGGUAUCAUACACAUUUGCACAAAACAACAAAAAGAGGUAAAUCACAUGAAAGCCCAGUCACAGCAAAAAAAGAGAAGCAAACACGUAAACAGAUAUAUCAAUUUUCGGAAAGUACGAUUAACUUUUACACGCGCUGGAUGGGUUAAGUAAAACAGGAGAUUAUUUCAAAACAAUUAAAAAUCACGCGAAGCAGAAGGAUAUUAACGAGCAGUGUAUAAAAUGAAAUCGAAUUUACCUAGGCGUCAUGGAUAAGAAUUUAAUGCAAUUAAAUCACUAAAUAGCCAUGUUUUAUCUCGAGAAAAAAAACUAUUUUAAACCCAACAGAACGUGUUUAUACAUAUAAAUGAGAAAAAAUAACUCAAAAACCGAAAAAAAAUUCAGUUCUUUGCGUGGCGCCGAUUCCACCCUGCGUUUGACAGUUUGCCACCUUCAGCAGCAAAAACCUUGAUGCGUCAAGGAAAACACCGCCAAAGGUGACAAUCUGUCAGUCGCGUCGCUGAAAUCGCCACCACGUGAAGCAACGAAACACGGAAAAAGGAGCAUUGCCGUUUCUCUGUAAAUGUAAAUCGUCGUGUGUGUGAUAAAACCAAAAAAAAAACAACUAAAAUGUGAAAUCUAACCAGGCCGCGCGCGCAGUUUUGUGAAACAUUUGCGGCGCAGCUCAGCUUCUAUGAAUGUCCGAUUCUGUUUGCCUGCUUCGUGAAAAAAAAAACUUUGCAAUAGUCGUUUCACUUUAAAAACAAAACAAAACUAAACCAAUGUUUCAAGUAGGAAACACCUAACUGUGCAACAUACAACAGAUUUAAGAAAAUGAAGAAAAAACCCACUCGCGUCGCAUUAGAAAUCAAGAAAAUCACUUAGUUGUAAGUUUUAACUGGGUGCACGGAGGGAAAUUUUGCUGAUGUGUGCACUAGAAAUGGUUAUGAAAUCACUUGUUUUCAAAUUUGUGAAAUGUCUGCAGAAUUUCUUUCCGUGCGCCCGUUCUCUACACAGUUUUAAAUGUCACGUGAUAGUAAUGUUUUAGUUCGUUCGUUUCUAAGCGGUUUUACAGUAACAGUUUUAAUGUUUGUUUUAAGUUUUGAAACAGCUUGCCAUUUAUUUAAAGCCGAAGCGUUUUGAAUCGACGGCGAACCCUUGCGCGCGCAAACGCUUUCGGUUGGUGUCUUGGAUAAAAAGAGAACGCUUACCGUAAAAGCACGCUUGCGCGAGCAUUGGCGUAGAGAGUUUCAAAAAUUGGCUAUGAAAUAGCUGCAAUUUGUGUUUGAAUAAUUUAUUGUAAUUACUGACAUUUAAGAAUAGUUUUAACACGCCCAUCAACGAAUCAAUUUGUUCUUUUUAAUAAACAUUGUUAUAUGAUCUCGCACAAACCCUUAAACCGUAUGUCCAUCUUUCAGCACGAAAGAUGAUGCAAUAUUUCUUUGCCUCUUCCAUUUACGUUUAAUCGAAACAGAGAAAAAAUAGAUUUUAGAGAGCGAAACACUAACAUUAGACUUACUAAACACACACACCCCCUAGUUUUAGAUAGGACUCUUAUUUUUUCUGUCAUCGAGCCUUAAGAGAAACGUGCAACAAAAGGCAGGCUUAACACAACAAACCUAACGAAGUAAAAACAAAAAAAUCAAGCAGAACAGAAAACUGUGCAGUUCGUCGCUGGUGAUCGUCACUAAUCUAUGUAAAAAGGCAAGAAAAAAGUACUCUGUAGCUUUAAGGAUUCGUUAAUUCUAAUUGAAAGAAAAAAACACAAGAAAAAUGAGACAAGAGAUAGGAUCUAAAGUUUAAUUAAAAGAAUUGCGUACCAGUCAGAGGAGAGCAACUGAUAUAUACCGUGUAAAUAUACGAUUAAGUCUAGCAGCAGAAGCAUCACUAUUUUACAGCAAAAAGCAAAAGAUGAGAAAAAGAAAAAGUUGCAGGUGCAAACGCGCGAAAGAAACUCCAUUCGCGAAGAAAGGAAACCGUUUUACAUAUGGUCCCAAGGACCAUCCGUGGCAAGCAGGAAGAAAGAAAAAAAAAGUUAAUUAAUACCACUGGUAGAAA